UAUAUAAGCAGUGGAUGCGGAUCACUCACCAACUACGCUUCUUCUACCUACGGUGAAGGAGAACCAACUACCAGCUGAUCAAAGCCAUGGCCAUGAGGGCGCUCGCGCUGUCCCCGGCCCAGAGCUCCUCGUUUGGGCUCCACCAGAGCAUGCCCUCCUUCAAGCCAGGCAGCGCCAGUCCUGCUAGAUCAGUCAGGGCCUAUGCGAAAGCAGAUGAGCAGGAGGAGGAGAAGAAGAAGGUGCCCAAGCAGUCCUUGUUUGGGAACAUCACCGAGGCGCUAGACUUCUCGCAGGUCCGGUCGGAGAAGGACGCGGAGCUGCUGUAUGAGGCCAGGGAUUCCAUCAAAGAUGAAGGAAGGAUGACAAGGGAACAGUAUGCAGCCCUUCGGAGGAAGAUUGGUGGCACCUACAAGGAUUUCUUCAAGUCAUAUGUUGAAGUUGACGGCGAAUACGUGGAGGAAGGUUGGGUGGACAAGACCUGCAAAGUUUGCAAGAAAGACACAAGAGGGGAGCCAAGGCAAGUUGACAAUCUAGGAAGAUAUAUGCAUGUGGCGUGCGCAGAGAACUCGAAACCAACAAACUUCUUUUCCAAACUCUUCGGCAGAUGAACUUCUUUUGUACCAUCAGACCCACUCAUGGUUAGAUAAAUAGAUGGAUGCUAUAACAUCAAGGGAUUAGGACAGUAAUGUGUACUGUGUUGUUCAUGUGAAAUGGUUUUUGAUGAGCAUUUAUACACAUUCCAUUAUCCAGUUU